GAGGAGCCCCAUCGCCCCACCGAGGAAGGGUCCCUCUUCUCUCUCCUUCUCUCUCUCUCAGGGCUAAGGCUAAGGAAGGAGGCCGAGGGCAGCGGCAGGGAAGGCAGGCCACCCACCCGGCAGGAGCCUUCCUGGGAGGGGAAGCGCACCCACACCCAGCCUCAGCUAAGGGAGGGCCCAAAGGAGGUCCUAAGGGAGAUCCUGAGCUAGGUCCUAAGAGAAGUCCCAAACAAGGUCCUAAGGGAGAUCCUAAACGAGAGCCUAAGCUAGGUGCUACAUUAGACUCUAAACUAGGUCCUGAAACCUACUCCUAAACAAGUUCCUAACAUAGGUAGAUCCUAAGGGCGCUCCUAAACUAGAGGCUGAGCCAGGUGCUAAAUUGGACCCUAAGCUAGGUCCUAAGAUAAGUCCUCAACUAGAUCCUAAAUUAGGUCUUAAACUAGUUCUUAAGGUACACCCGAAGGGAGGUCCUAAGAGCCUAAGCUAGCUCCUAAGAGAGAUCUUUAGGUAGCUCCUAAAGUAGGUCCUCAGAUAGAUCCUAAGCUAGGUCCUAAGGUACAACCUAAGACAGGCCCUAAAAUAAGUCCUAAACUAGUUCCUAAGAUAGGUCCUGAGAUAGAUCCUGAAGUAGACCCUAAGCUAGGUGCUAAGAUACAUCUGUAGGUACAUCCUAAACUGGGUCCUAAGAUAGAUCUAAGAGUUAGAGUUUCAGCUAGGUGCUGAGCUAGAUCUGUAGGUAGAGCCUCAACUCGUUCCUAAGGUAGGUCCCAAGACAGAGCUGGAGCUCGUCCUGCCGGUGGGGGCUAAGCCAGUCUCCUUCGGUGCCGGGAGGGCCUCCUUGCCGCCAUGUUCCCGGGGCUGCUGGCUCCGCCGGCGGUCUACCCGAGCCUCCUCCGCCCGACGCCGACCCUCUCCUUGCCCCAGUCCCUCCGCUCGGCCUUCUCGGGCCCUUCCUCCUCGGGCUUCUUGGUGGAGGACCUCCUCCGCAUCAGCGCCACCACCAGCAGCAGCAGCAGCAGCAGCAGCAGGGCCCCCGGCGCCCCUUUCCUGCCCCGCAGCCCCCCGCCCUCGCCCUCGCCCUCGGGGGCAGCCGGCGGCGGGAGGGAGGCCGGGGCAGGAGGGUCGCCCUCCUCAGCCUCCUCCAGCCCCGAGGCCACCUUCCUGAAGUUCGGGGUCAACGCCAUCCUCUCCUCCGGCCCCAGGGCAGAAGCCCCCCAAGGUCUGAUCCAGAGCCUGCCGGCCAAGGCCUCCUUCUCCUUCCCCUACUUCGAGGGCUCCUUCCAGCCUUUCCUCCGCGCCGCCACCUAUUUCCCAGCUUCUUCUGUGGUGCCUAUCCCUGGCACAUUCUCUUGGCCUCUGGCCGCUCGAGGGAAACCGCGCAGGGGGAUGCUCCGCAGGGCAGUCUUCUCAGAUGUGCAGCGCAAGGCUCUGGAGAAAAUGUUUCAGAAGCAGAAAUAUAUCAGCAAACCAGACAGAAAGAAGUUGGCAGCCAAGCUGGGCCUAAAAGACUCCCAGGUAAAGAUCUGGUUUCAGAACAGAAGGAUGAAGUGGAGAAACUCCAAAGAGCGAGAACUCCUGUCAUCUGGUGGCUGUCGAGAACAAACCUUACCCACAAAGUUCAACCCUCACCCAGACCUCAGUGAUGUUGGCAAGAAAGGUUCUGGGGAGGAAGAAGAAGAUGCAUUAUUGCCACCGUGCUCUGCCAGCCCCCGGCACUCCUUGACCUACCACCAGGCCACAGACCACCCACACUUAAGAGACAGGCUAGACUGUCAGAUGCUCCCUUCUCCCACCCAUUCCAGCAGCCCCAGCAAGCCAUCAGAUUUUUCAGACUCUGAGGAAGAGGAGGAGGAAAGAGAGGAUGAAGAAGAAGAGGAGGAGGAGAUCACAGUCUCAUAGAGAACUUUCUCCUGGCCAUCAAAACAAAGGGACAUUGCAAAGUGGGGGAUAUCCAGUUGAAGAGGUGUGGUCCUUCCACAUUCACAUGGCUUGCAUAGAAAAUGUACUGAUCAUCAUUUAUCCACAAGGCUUCUGUGAGCCACAGAUCUACCCUGAUUAGAAAGCCUUGCUUAAUAGCUUCCUUUUGUUGAUCAACCAGCUUGCCUUGCACUUUUCAGUUGGAAGUUGCAGAUUAAAAAGUCAUAACCCCACCCCAUCUUGCUAAUUAUUGAGAACAGAGCGUGUGUGGUGGUUUGAACAAUGAAAUAUGACUCUGGACAUCAGGGUUCAAUUCCCUGCCCAGUCAUGGAAAGCCACUGGAUGACCUUGGGUGGGCCACACAUGAAGCUCACGUGAUAGCAUCACCUUAGGCUUGCCAUAAAUAAAAAAUUACUUGAAGGCACACAACAACAACAAAAAUUAUUGAGACCAAUUGAUUUAAUAUUAGAAUAAUCAGUCCAAUUCAGUUGUGUAUUAAUUUCUCCAAAGGACUUGGGUAAUUCAUCCUGUGUUCACAUGAGUUCUGCUCCAAUGAGAGGCUAGUAGUAUUACAUUGAUGAAAUCUGCCUGGUUAAAAAUUAGCAACACCAAGGUCUAAGAUGCAGCCAGUAAUAUUGCCACAUAUUGCCCCAUAGGCACACAAAUCUUAGAAAUGUAGGGAUAUCUGCUGGACCUGGGCCUCAAGUCUUUCCUAACCACCCAGAGGAACAGUACUCACUAGUUUAGCUUCAAGAGUGGACCUUUUAAUUUUUAUUUAUGAAUCCCAUGAGCAUCAUGUGCUUUCCAGCCAUUUUCACAUUUCUUUGCCAGAUCUUUGGCCUUUGCGGAGGAUGUCCAUGUGGAUACAUGGAAACUGGAACCACCUCUUUGAUUUCUGACUGAACCUUGCUGUCUUUGCACAGCUUUUAUGAACUGUACACUAUUUUGUACAUUUACACUGUAUGGCAGUUUUAUACCAAGGCUAUUGUGAGUCUACAGAUGCACAUGUUUGUAUUUUGUGUGUGUGUGUGUACAUGUGCGCAUGCACAUUUGUGCUUUUUUAUUUUAUUUUUUAAAAUUUAAAGAGAAGCUUAGCUUUUAACUGUAACUUAUAAAACAUGGACUAUUUUAUAUUCUUACUGUGUACAGAUUUUAAAUAUGUAUAUAUAACAAAUGAAGCAAGUGCCAAAUUAAAAAGAA